AUGUAUUUUUGUAUACAAUUGCAAAAUUGGUUUUCUGAAGAUGGCCUCGCAACGGUGGACUCUGCCAGCGCUGCAGCACGCCGGCGCAAGCCUCGUGAUCGACGCCGACCGCCGUCGACGCCACCGACGCCGUCGACGCCGCUGAGCAUUACUACUGAGGAACUAGCGGAAGCUCUCCGCCCUCAUCUUCUGUCAGGAAAGUGUAUGUGGACAUUGGGAUAUCCUUUAGAAAUUGAACCAACGUCAUCGAAAGCAGUAGUAUACAUCAAUCCACCACCUCGACAUAGGCCAUUGCCGACUACUACGUGGGAUGUGAACGCUCCAGAAUUUGUGCCUGGUUCUCAAGGUGACAGCGGUCGCGGGUCGUUGGGUUCGACUCCACGUUCUGACAGUGAUGAAGAAGCGGAUACAGUGGAACAUUUGUGUGUGCGUUGUGAUAAAACAUUUCGAAUGACUCGGGAAGGUGAAUUUCUCAAAGUCGAACCGUGUCUCUAUCAUUGGGGACGUGUGAGUGCGGACUGCCGUUACACGUGUUGUAAGUCACUUUGGGGCUCCAGAGGUUGCAGUACAGCUCGUUUCCACGUAUGGAGCGGUACUCGUCCAGGAAUGAAUGGACCACUCGAAGGCUACGUACGUGCUCGCUCUCCUCGCGGUGGUGUCUAUGCCAUCGAUACAGAGAUGUGUUAUACAACGGCAGGAUUGGAAUUAGCUAGUAUUGCAGUCAUUGCCGCUGAUGGCCGGCUUGUAUACAAAUCACUUGUAAAGCCGAGUUCUCCUGUAAUCGACCACAAUACCCGAUUCUCGGGCAUCAGGCCGCGCGACUUGGCGCGCGCGACUAAGACGCUGAGAGACGUACAAAAUGAUAUUCUUGGAUUUGUGGGAACAGACACGAUCCUUAUUGGACAUGCGUUGGACAAUGAUCUACGAGCACUAAAAUUGUUACACGGUGCUGUGGUUGACACUUGCGCAUUGUACCCUCACGCACGAGGAUUCCCAAUGCGACGAUCAUUGCGAGCGCUUUCGGAGGAGUUCCUCGGGCGCAUUGUACAGCAUAGAAGUGCCGGACAUUCACCGUUAGAAGACGCUCGUGCUGCUAUGGACCUGGUACUUCUAAAAGUCCACAAAGAGCGGGCAAGCCGUGCUCUUAUGUCGGACCAGCUGCCAAUGUUACAGCCUUAUGAUCCGUUAAUCAGUGCCGCCUAA